UUGUUAUCCAUAAUGGAAUCAUCACAAAUUAUAAGGACUUGAGAAAAUUUCUGGAGAGCAAAGGCUAUGAAUUUGAAUCUGAAACGGAUACAGAAACAAUCCCCAAAUUGAUCAAAUACAUGUAUGACAACAGAGAGAGUGAGGACACCAGUUUUUCAGCCUUGGUAGAAAGAGUUAUUCAACAGCUGGAAGGUGCUUUUGCAUUGGUUUUCAAAAGCAUCCAUUAUCCAGGUGAAGCUGUUGCUACCAGGAGAGGGAGUCCUUUGCUCAUUGGAGUUAGGAGCAAGUACAAGCUCUCCACUGAACAGAUUCCUGUUUUAUAUAGAACAUGCAACAUUGAGAAUGUAAAGAACAUAUGCAAUUCACGAAUGAAAAGAUUGGACAGCUCUACCUGCCUGCAUGCUGUUGGGGAUAAGGCAGUAGAAUUCUUCUUUGCUUCAGAUGCAAGUGCUAUUAUUGAGCACACCAACAGAGUAAUUUUCUUAGAAGAUGAUGACAUUGCAGCAGUAACUGAUGGGAAGCUUUCAAUUCACCGUCUGGAGCGUUCAGCUAGUGAUGAUCCUUCCCGGGCCAUCCAAACCUUGCAGAUGGAAUUGCAGCAAAUCAUGAAGGGUAACUUCAGUGCCUUCAUGCAAAAGGAAAUUUUUGAACAACCGGAAUCAGUUGUCAAUACGAUGAGAGGGCGGGUGAAUUUUGAAAGCAGCACAGUUCUGUUGGGGGGGCUGAAGGAUCAUUUGAAAGAAAUCAGAAGAUGCCGAAGACUGAUCAUUAUUGGCUGUGGGACCAGUUACCAUGCUGCAGUAGCUACUCGACAAGUAUUGGAAGAAUUGACGGAAUUACCAGUGAUGGUGGAACUUGCUAGUGACUUCCUUGAUAGAAACACACCUGUAUUCAGAGAUGAUGUAUGCUUUUUUAUAAGUCAGUCAGGUGAAACUGCAGAUACGCUUAUGGCCCUGAGGUAUUGUAAAGAACGUCGUGCUCUCACAGUUGGCAUCACAAACACUGUCGGGAGCUCAAUAUCCAGGGAGACUGACUGUGGUGUACAUAUCAAUGCAGGACCUGAGAUAGGUGUGGCAAGCACAAAGGCUUACACCAGCCAAUUCGUGUCUCUUGUAAUGUUUGGCCUAAUGAUGUCUGAAGACCGAAUUUCCUUGCAGAAAAGGAGACAGGAAAUCAUUAGUGGACUAAAAUCAUUGCCAGAGAUGAUUAAAGAAGUCUUGUCCUUGGAUGAGAAGAUACAUGAUUUGGCUCUUGAACUGUACAAACAAAGAUCACUGCUGGUUAUGGGUCGUGGGUAUAAUUAUGCCACUUGUCUGGAAGGAGCUCUGAAAAUAAAAGAAAUCACAUACAUGCACUCUGAAGGUAUCUUGGCUGGUGAGCUGAAACACGGGCCGUUAGCCCUCAUAGAUAAACAAAUGCCUGUUAUCAUGGUGAUAAUGAAGGAUCCUUGUUUCACCAAAUGCCAGAAUGCUCUGCAACAGGUCACUGCUCGACAGGGUCGUCCAAUCAUUCUGUGUUCUAAAGAAGACACAGAAAGCUCAAAAUUUGCCUACAAAACCAUUGAGCUGCCUCAUACAGUUGACUGCCUUCAAGGAGUCCUGAGUGUUAUUCCUCUCCAGUUGCUCUCAUUCCACCUGGCUGUUCUCAGAGGAUACGAUGUGGACUUUCCAAGAAAUUUGGCCAAAUCUGUUACUGUAGAAUAACAGCCAAGAACAGCUGAUGUUUUUGUCACCAGACCUCUGAGUUAUACUUGUAGAAAUGUGUUGUUCUGAAUUGAUAGGUACAUGUUUUUCUAAAGAGAAUGACAGUGCUAACUGGAAAGUGUCAGAAGGAUUUAUCUUGCAGCUUUAAAAGCUUUUGAUGUGCCUUGUACCCAAGUGCUUUUGCUCACAGCAAAUACUCCUCUAAGUCCUGAAAUUGCCAAAGAAGAUAAAAAUUGUUUACACAUUAUACUGAAUGAACUUUUUCUACUGUGCAAUAUAUAUAUACAGCUCUCUUCAGAGUAACUGUGAACAUGUUUUUUAGCCUACACUACUUAACUAGUUUUAAAGAUAUAGUAUUUAUAAGUACAAUUGUAUAGCUUUUUUUAAGUUAUUUUUUUAGUACGUUGCUUAUCUGUAGCAUUGGUAAUGCUCAGAAUGUAAAUACUGAGCAUGUUGACACUUGUGUACAGUUGUAGGAAAAAACCCUAACCAGCUUCAAACUGGAAAUUUUUUAUCCCUCUUCCUCCCCAGCUUCCCCUCCCUGCUUUGCAUCUGUGUUUCGUAUUUUAACCAGUCCUUUGCAAAGCUCUUUUGUGGCUGUAAAUUCUCAGCUAUGUUUUAAAUUUCUGCUUCUUUCAACUAAUUAUUUGAAAAGCCAGAGCAACCUUUUGGUUUGUAUGCCACCCCAGCUCUUAUUUGCAUAACAUGUACAGUGCAACAAACUAAGGGAACUGGAUGUCUUUCAAGUGAUAUUUCUGUUUGAAGAGUGUACAAUGAAAUUACAAUGCAAUUAAAAG